AUGUCUCGACGCGCGACUCCGGGCCAGGCUGCCCAGAACCAGCAGACAAUCAAGAAUUUGCUGAAACUUGAGUCAAACAAGAUCUGUGCCGACUGCAAGCGCAACAAGCACCCGCGAUGGGCGUCAUGGAAUUUAGGUAUCUUUGUUUGUAUCCGGUGCUCGGGUAUCCACCGUGGAAUGGGUACACACAUCAGUCGGGUUAAGUCCGUGGAUCUCGAUGCCUGGACCGAUGAACAGGUCCAGGGUGUACUGAAAUGGGGCAAUGGCAGAGCGAAUAAGUACUGGGAAAAUAAAUUAGCACCUGGUCACGUUCCAUCCGAUGCUAAGAUUGAAAACUUCAUUCGCACCAAGUAUGAAGCCAAGCGAUGGGUAAUGGACGGACCGAUGCCUGAUCCUUCAACCCUUGAAGGCGAUGAUGAUGACGUGCCUCUUGCGGUUGUACAGGAAAAAGCCAAGAUCGAACGGUCCGCAUCCCAACGAGCCGCACCCAGCUUGCCCCCCGUGCAACGCCUGCGGCCGAGCACUACCGAACCCGCCCCUCGUCCGCAGCCGAAAUCUUCUCAGCCUGUGCCGCAGCCAAAGAAUCAGAAACCAGGUGAUUCGUUGCUUGGUCUCGACUUCUUCGGCAGCACCCAGCCCGCUGCGACCAACCGCCCAACGAGCACUGCAUCUACACCUGCUGCACCAAGUGGCAUGUCGCGGCCGGAUCUAAAGCAAUCAAUCUUAUCUUUGUAUGCGAAGCCCCAGCCGGCUCCUCUCCAGCAUGAGCGGAACAACUCCUUUGGCGAUAUGGCCUACCCUGCGGCCCAAUCCGCAUCUUCCAACAUGAGCGGCUUGACAGACGCCUUCAGUGGACUGAGCUUCCCUUCCACUACAUCGCCUCCCCCGGUCAAGCCAGCCGAGAAGCCGUCGCCUUUCGCCAAUCUUACCAGUUUCUCAAACACCAAGUCUACUCCCGCCGCUCCUAAAGUUACCUCACCAUCCGGGUCGGCCAGCAAUGACUUGUUUAGUCUGGCUUCUCCCACUAUGUCUGCACCUAAGCCUCAGUCACGGACAACCUCGAUUUCCUCGAACUCGCAGGACUUUGGCUUUGGCGGAUUCGCCUCUCCUCCUCUCCCCAAGCCCUCUAAGCCCAACCCCCCGUCGUCAUCUCUUUCCAACGACCUCUUCGGCCUCUCUUCCCCGCCUCUUGCUCCGGCAGCGCCACCUAAGCCUACUGUUGUCUCCCCCCGACAGGAAAUGAGCUCUGCAUUCAACCUUUCCAGCCCUUCAUUCCAGCCUCCAGCGCCUCCUAAGCCCCAAGCCCCAGCCGCUACAAUUGCCGCUGCUGGAAUCAUGGAUCCAUGGGGUAGUAAUGAAUGGAAUACACCCGAGCCUGCCCCGGCCCCAGUUGCUUCUAAACCUGCUUUCUCAGGUGCAUCCAUUAUGCAGGUUCCUGCCACACUAACUGCCAAUGAUAUCGGAGGUGGCUGGGGUUCCAGUGCGGCUUCCAAGCCGACCCCCACCGUGGCCGCUGAUGAAGACUUUGGCGGCUGGACUAGCGCUGCUCCAGUCUCCUCUGGACCUACUGCUACGUCGAACAACUCAACCAAACCAGGAGGCGGGUUUGGUGGAUCGGACGACCUUUUCUCCAACGUAUGGGAGUAA